AUGGUACACGCGGAGGCGUCUACUUUCGCCGCUGGCGUUUCGAAGAGCGAGGCGUAUGAGCAAGUUCUCGCUCAAGCUGAGGCUCUUUUUGAUGGACAACGAAACUGGGUCUGUAAUCUCCAACACAGUAACACCGCCAACGCCGCGUCGCUAUUAUGGCAUGCGUAUCAUUCCCUCGGGGCACCAAGCAAUGAAGUGAACUGGGCAGGCUUUUAUGUUCUCGACCGAAGCAGUACGCAGAAAAAGCAAUUAAUCCUCGGCCCCUUUCAGGGGAAAGUCGCAUGCCAAACAAUACUUUUUGGCCGCGGCGUAUGCGGGACGGCAGCAGCAACAGCGGAGACACAGUUAGUUGCCGAUGUGGAGGCUUUCCCGGGCCAUAUUGCCUGCGACUCUGCGAGUCAGAGCGAGAUUGUUGUGCCUAUUGUGGCCGCGAAUGGGAAGGUCGUUGCAAUCAUUGAUGUUGAUUGCGCGGUAAAGAACGGAUUUGAUGAGACUGACAAAGCAUCACUGGAAAGGUUGGCUGCACUUUUGGCAAAGAGCUGCGAUUGGUAG